AUCCAAAUCUUUUGUCACCAUAUUCAAAGAGAAACUCACUUUUACCCUUGAAUCUUUCUACAUAUAUAUACAUGUACACACAAAGAGUAAGCUCCAUAUUGAACAAGAUAAUCUUAAAAAUGCUUAUUUCACGGAGAUCAUCAGCUUUUUUGGUGGGUUGGGUUCUAUUUUUCUGGGUGAUUAGCGCAAGAUCUGCUGCUUUACCGCCAUGUCAAUUUGCUGCAAUUUACAAUUUUGGUGACUCAAAUUCAGACACCGGAGGUAUAUCAGCUGCUUUUGAACCAAUUAGAGCUCCUUAUGGAGAAGCUUUCUUCCAUAAACCUGCUGGGAGAGACUCUGAUGGCCGCCUCAUUAUUGAUUUCAUAGCUGAGCAACUUGGACUGCCAUAUUUGAGUGCAUACCUGAAUUCUCUAGGAGUAAAUUUCAGGCAUGGAGCAAACUUUGCUACAGGAGGAUCAACAAUCAGGAGACAGAAUGAGACCAUUUUUGAGUACGGAAUAAGCCCAUUUUCUCUCGAUAUGCAGAUUGUUCAAUUCAAUCAAUUCAAAGCUAGGACUGCUGAGAUUUACAGAGAUGGUUAUCUAUCAGUUUAUCUUUCACCUAUGCUUCAACUGCUUGCACUCGACCUUCAUGCUUUUCUUUUGAGUCUACCUAAUAUAUAUGGUCAAGGAGGAAGAGCAUUCUGGAUACACAACACUGGCCCUAUCGGGUGCUUGCCAGUAAACCGGUUUUAUAUCCUUAAUCCAGCACCAGGCACUGUUGAUGACUAUGGUUGUAUUAAGGCUCAGAAUGAAAUGGCUAUGGAGUUCAACAAACAGCUUAAAGACAUAGUUGUCAAGCUGAGGACAGAGCUGCCAGAGGCUGCAAUAACUCAUGUCGAUGUCUACACUGCAAAAUACAAAUUGAUAAGCAAUUCAAAGAAUCUAGGUUUUGCGGAUCCAUUGAAGGUAUGUUGCGGGUUCCACCAUGAUUAUGACCACGUGUGGUGCGGCAACAAGGGCAUGGUCAACAAGACUGAAGUGUACGGAGCUUCUUGUGAAGAUCCUUCAGUGUUCAUAAGCUGGGAUGGAGUCCACUACUCCCAGGCUGCAAACCAGUGGGUUGCUAAUCACAAUUUCUAUGGUUCUCUCACAGACCCACCAAUUCCUAUCACUCAGGCAUGUCAUAAGCAGUGAGAGCAAAUAAUAUGUACGAGUCUAAUUUUAUAUAAACAUAUAAAUUUAGAGCAUUAUAUUGAGAAUAUUUUCUCUUUUUUUUAAAAAAAAUAAUUUGCUCAAACAUGUCGUAAGUUGUGAGAGCAUAAUAAUAUGUAUAAGCCCAAUUUUUAUAUAAACAUAGUGAAUUUAAAGCACUCAUUUUAGAGCAUUGUAUUGAGCAAGCUCUGUUAACCAAGGAAAGUUUUAAUGACUA